AUGGAGAAGCAAUAUGAAAAGAAGAUAACAUGGACAAUUAAGAAUUUCUCCUCUUUGCAAUCUGAGAAACUCUAUUCUCUUCCAUUCGUAGUCGGUGGCUCCAAAUGGCGUUUUCUCGUCUAUCCCAAGGGAAAAGGGGUCAUUGUUGAUGAUUAUUUGUCUCUGUAUCUGGAUGUCCCUGAUUCUGAUAGUUUGCCUAAUGGAUGGAAAAGGCACACCAAAUUUCGCUUAACUGUUGUAAACCAAAUUUGGGAGAGAAUCUCCCAACAUAAAGAAGGAGAAUAUUGGUUUGAUCAGAAGAUGCCUACUAGUGGUUUUUCAGCAAUGCUUCCCCUUAACAAACUUAUUGACAUAAAUGAUGGGUUUCUUGUGAAUGGAGAAGUCAAGGUUGUUGCUGAGGUUGGUGUUCUUGAAGUUAUUGGCGGAUCAGAUGUGUUAGAGGAAACUUUAUUAGUUCAUGAAAGCGUUGAUGUCAAUGGGUUUCAAGUUCUUCCCUCACAGGUAGAGUCUGUGAACAACCUCUUUAACUGGUACCCAGACAUUGCAUCGAAAUUCUGUCUAGAGAACCCACAUCUGAGAACAACAUACUUGAAUAGCCUACUAAGCUUGACUGAGAUUAUGUGCAAGUCCCCUAAGAAACUCUCCAAUAAUGAUCUGGUCAACGCAUAUUCUACACUAUCUUAUGUAGCAAAAGCGGGGUUUAAGCUGGAUUGGUUGGAGAAGGAGCUGAAAGAGGUUGGCCAGACUCGGGCGCGAGACAUUGAGGAAGAGUUGAAGGACAUGAAGCAAAAGUGCGCAGACAUGGAGGCUCUGCUGGAAUUCUUGAGAUGA